GAAGACGAAGAAGACGAAGAAGAUGAAAGAACGAUGACAAUUGAUGAUAAGAACUUUUUGUAUGGAUCGGCUGGCGAUCAUUAUUCGUUUAUCAAGAGUCAAAUAAAAGAACAAUCACAAUCAGUUGGGAGAUUAGGCAAAAAGAUCUUUGUGGCUCCAAAGAGAAUUAUGCAUUGCAGAGUGAUGCAGAUCAUCAAUGUAGGAUCUGAGCGUGACUGUAAUUAUGAGUUGACUGUAUAUCAUAAUGGUCUACAACACGCUAUUCAUCGAGGUAGCCUACGAAAGAUUGGUAAAAACUUGAGCGCAGAUCGACCUCAAGAAGAUGCAAUGAGACUAGAAGUGCAGGAACCCUUUUCUUUGACUUUUGCCGUUGCCGCACGGUACUCUAAUACACGACUUCGAGAUGGAUUAGCCAAGAUCGGAAUCUGGCCAAUCACACAAAAGACUGAGUUACCUGACACAGGUUAUGCCGUGCUCACGUUUGAGCAUAAACAAGACAUCAAGAACCAUGGCAUCACGCGGUUCAAGUUGACCAAGAUAAACGACCGCCGACCUGGGUUAUUCAAGUGGUUUAAUAUCGAGCUCGUUGUAGAUGUCAAGAUCGUCGAGGAACUGCCUCCGACGGUUCAAAAGUUUCCUUGGGCCUAUACACUUACAGAAAACUAUUCAGAACUGACUUGUGAAAGCGCACAAAGUAGUGACAUCACUCAAGAUUCCAACCUUGUCAUGGCAUCUCAACAACACUGUCAAGGUGGAGACUAUCUUACAAUCUAUACCCGAGGUGUGGCUCAUCCGAUAUGGAAACGGUAUUGGGUAACUAUGGAUAACCAUCAGUUAAUUCUUUAUGACUUUACAUACAAGUUAACAAAGGACCCACUUCAUAAAAUAUCCUUAUUACCAUUACAGUCCGUCAAGAAACCUACACUAGACGACUGCGAAAACGUGGGUAUCGCUCGAAAGACAGGAAUUAUGCUUCAAUUUGACCGUUUAAAGGCCACGGUGGGUGAUGAAGAUAUUCAUUUUGAUGAUGCUGAAGGGUUAGAAGGAAAGAUGUUUAUUUACUGCGACGAUGAAGCAUAUGCUGUUCAUUGGCGUAGAGCACUGGCUGCUUACGCUGAAAAAGAGAUUGAUAAAGACAUGGAAGAUCAAAACGGCGUAGACUUGAAGUUUUUAUGGUAAAAAAAAAAGUAUUUAGACAAUACAUAACUUAAAUCAAUAAAUAUUAUUUAAUACUUGA